AUGUCCAGAUAUAGCGGAGACAGCGCAGUGACCGAAGAAGUUGCGUCGCUUUUGGCCCGUAAGAUUGAUUUCCGACAAAACACUCAAGGAAACCGCAGAAGAUGUAACAUCGGAAUGGGUGAAACGGCGGUGGAACGCUCUUCCGUCGACCAACGAGCCCCUUACUGGGCUUCACACAACCACUUCGAACCUUUCGACUACCCAUCUUCAACGUUACAAUUCGUACGAUUCAACCACGGUAAACGAGAGCCGAAACUCAGUGCAACGCUCUUUGAGAAUCCGUAUAACCAAAAUUUGAAAUAA